CGUUAAUGUUGGUCGGUCAGGCGGCAGGCGGGAGAAGAUCAUAAUGUUGAGAUGACUUCAGCAUUGAAGCCCUGAGUGCGUUAUUGUAGCUGUCUGUGGUCAUAGACAGCCUGCCUAAUCUUCAAAAUGAGAAGAACAACAGAAAAUCAAGGAAACACUCGAACACUUUCAGAAUACUUUUCUCCGAGGAGUAAAGUGAAGGAUCUCGCACUCCAGCAGCGCUCCACACCGCAUUUCACACCUUUUCUCCACGAGACUCCAAUGAAGCCCUCUCAGGUCCCUAACCGGCUUCCUCACCCUCCACCCAGGAGAAUGUUGCCACUUCAAAGCCCUGAGCUGUGCCACCGGGACAGACUGGGUCCACCACGGCACCCUUGUCCCAUGUAUCCACCAGGGUUUGGUCCAAGCAGCCCAACUAACAUUGGGUACUCAGCGAAUAGGCCCCAUCCCAUGCCCAGGGACAGACUGGGUCCUCUGCAGCACUCUGCUCAACCUCCGGGGUCUUUCUACCCACGAGUUGUACCAGUCAGCCCAACUAACAGUGGUAUUACAGCUAACAGACUGCAGCAGUUACCUUCCAGUGUCUUCCACCCUACUUCCCCUCCCUUUAUGAAAGAUUUAAGCAACCACUCCCCGUCAUCCCACAUCCGGAGAGAUCCAGUGACUGAAUCCAAGAUCACUUUGUCUCACUCAGGAAGUAAAAAUGGAACCGCACAAAGACAAGAAUCCAUCAAGGCUCAAUCCAGCGAUGUGAGGAGUUCCAUACAAACUGUCCAGCUCCACAGGCCCCCUACGGCCCCAUCACUCAACACCAGAGCAGCUCAAGAAGUUUGCCCCCUGCCCCUCUCAGACUCAGAGCACUGGAGUCCUGGUAACAGCCAGUGGUCCUCAGGGGGCUACCAGCCUUCUCUGAGUACCCAGUCUUCUGACAGGGGUAGUGGUUCCAGUUUACCCAUCAUGCAUAGCCCUGUAGCACCUUGCAAGGACCAACAACAUAAACAAACACCUUCAAGUGAAAAGUUAAUGCCAGCAGUGGGCUUGAGUUUCUCAUCUCAGAAGAGGUGCAGGGACUUUGAGGACUGUGACAAUGGUGCCAAGAAACUGUGUCCUCAGGGUGCGAACUCUGGCAACUCACUCAGCACUGCACUGGUGUCUCAGCCAUCCUCGAGGCAUUCUUCAGUCUUGGAACUGUCAUCCAAAACCACAGAUAGCCAUCUGUGCACAGAACCAGCGUCUGGCCUGUCAAAAUGCUUGGAACUAUCAUUCGAAUUUAAACCCACCCAGUCAUCCUGCGCAUCACUGUCACCCAAACCUUGUAUAAAGAGAAGACCACCAAUGGGGGCAAAGCAAGCCUAUAUAAAUUGCACUCAGAAUCACCCUGUGAAGUUAAUAGAGUUAAGGUCACCUACAAAGCCACGUGAAGAAAGUUUGAAGAAAAGAAGCGAGGAAAACAAUAAAAGGGAUAAAUCAAGCUCUUUGUUCUCCACUGUGGGGCCCCAGAAGGACACUGGGAGCUCACCUCAUGCUCAUGUUCAGUUAGAUAACCACCACUUGGGUCAUUCUCACCAUAGUACCUCAGUCUUACCAGUCAAGCGCUUGAGCAGAGGUAAUCAGGUGGAGGAGAGCAGGAAGUCGGUCAGUAGCACUUGCAAAGCCGCCUCAAAACCAAAUUCUGGUUCUCUGAGUUGUCGCACAGUGGAACGGAACAAAACUGCCCGCCCACGAAGACCUGUUGCUAUCCCUAAUGAUAUAGGUGAGCUUUUCACCCCUGAUCCUUUGACGUAUGUAGUCAGCCCUUCAUCUAAGACUGCAAAGCCCAAGAUAGAUGAGGGAAUGGUCAAAUCCCCCACCUUAGAGAGAAGUUGUUCAUCCAGCAUUGUGAGCAGCUCUAGUACCCCAGUUACUGGAUCCCAGUGUUGCAAAACUCAAAAUGUCUCAGUCACCGAUUCACCUCAUGCAGCGGAUACCAAAGCCUCUUCUUUGUCAUCAGCGCGUCACCAACAAGUAUCCUUGCCAACUGUAACUUUACAGAGGGUAAAACUUGAAAACAUAAGAUCCAUUUGCUCUAAAGGCAGUGAACUCAAAAACAGUCCCAUCACCACUUCAGGCAGGCAACUUAGAGAUGAGAGUGUCAAAUCUGACGAGAAACGCACAUCUCUUCUCUCAAACAAUGUGAGACCAUGCGCGUUUGAUACUCACUACACUGCCUCUGAACAAACGUCUACAUCUCAUUGUUCUCAGCCUCCACUGCUGGAGAGGGAGGCAAGUGAAGGGAGUAGAAAGCAGGUGAACGAAGAGGAUCCUAUAGAUGUUGAGCUGGACCUAGACCUGAGUUUUGCAUUAGACAUGGAUCUAACCCAGAGCUCCCAUAGCAGUGAGGAUGAGCAGCUGAUUUCCUUGCAGGAGAUGAUGGAGCGUGUUACCAAGCCUACAGAUACACCGGAGAAGGACACCUUCUCAGAGCCAAGUACACCUGGACAUCGCAGCUCCCAGUCAAAAACUCUGCCAUUGCCAUCCACCACAAAGUCAGGCAUCUACAAGAACAACCUUGAUCAGAUGCUAAAGGAAAUAAACACCAUUAAAAAAGCUAAAGAGAUUGAGACACAGCUUCUAACUGCAUGUAAAGAGGACCUGUUGAGAAUAGCUGAAUAUGAGGAGGCUGAGGAGAACCGGGAGGAGGGCAUCUCCACCGAACAACAGGAAUUCCUACAGCGCUACUCGUUGAUGUCCAAUGCAAUCCGGGAAGUGCCUCCUGGAGAAGUAGUGUUCAACCUGGAGAAAUUUGGCCGGAUCUUCAACCACGAUACACUGCAGCUCAGACAAUGCAUGGUCAAUCCACAGGGGACAGCACAGAAAACACUUCUCUGGUCCAGCCCCGCUCAACUGAGAUUGCAUGUAAAUAUUGGAUUGUUUCAGGAAGCUUACGACUCUUGCUCGCCCUGUCCAGCUCAGGUUACCCGUUUCCUAUUCAAGAUGAUGUCAGUCCAUAAUGAGAGGCUGGUAUCUGAAAAGAUACUACAGGCCCUCUGUGACAUCGCCUGUACUGCUGCUUAUCAGAUAGUGAAACAUGGGAGCCAGCAGUUUAAAGUGUGGGUGCCCAGUUUGGCCGAUUUGGCGCUGGUCCUGAUCAAUAUGGGAGUUGCGUUUGUUACUCUCUUCCCUUUCGAAAAUCUGCAGCCUCCAUUCACAGAAGGAGAUUUGCUGGAGGACAUCUGUAUCAAAAGUGAGAGUCCUUCCAGUAACAAGGAACAGAGCACUUUCCCUGAACACAACUGCAGCAACAUCUUGAAGUACCUCUCUUACUGUAUGGGCCUCUGUCCACGGGCGUACAGCGACGAUGAACUGCUGCUGCUGCUAACUGUGAUGGGCAGGUUGGGCCUGGACACACGGCUCAUCCUCCAGUCCAGUGUGGAACUGUACCCACUGCAGUACAGAAUUGUCAAGAACAUCAGGGACUGGGACGCUAUGCUGCCCAGAAUCUGUCUGGCCCUCACUGAUCUGACAGAUGACCACCACAACAUGUGUCUGCUAGUUCAACUGCUGCCUGACAACACACGUGGAAAGCAACUGCGUCGACAUCUGAGCCUGUCCAUGAUCUCUAAACUGUUGGACGGAAACUGCACUUACAGACCUACAGAAAAAGAGAUUCAACUCUCUGAACUGAGGCUGUACCUGCCCCGUAUGCAACCAUCCACCCUUCUCAGAGGCAUGCUGAGCUCCAGCAGGAGUGAGAAAGAUGUGGAGGACAUGGCCUCUCUAGACCAACAGUCCUACUACCUCUGCUAUAGCCUUCUGACCUUGGCAAACGAAGCUUCCAAUUUUCAGUUUUUCCCAGCUCAACAAAAGGAGCAACUGCUGUUUCUGUGCUCUGCGCUGGAAACUCAUGUAAAGUGUGACAUCAGAGAGAGUGAGAAAUGUCUUUACCGGAGCAAGGUAAAGGACCUGGUGGCCAGGAUCUACACCAAGUGGCAGAUGCUCCUUCAGAGGACCAGGCCUCUCCAUGGUAAGUUGUAUGAUUAUUGGCGGCCUUCAGCUGUGGAUAUAUUGACAAGCAGCCAAGAGCAGCAGGAGAUAUACUACAGUGAUGGUGGAGAGGGCCCUGCGAUGGAGGAGGAUGAAGAAGAGGAAACCAGUGGAACUGAAGAGACUGAGGUGGCAAUGAACCCUGAGGAGGAGGAGAAGGAAGAGGGAGACGAUACAGUGGCUGACACAAACGAGACAGGGGAUGACUUGCAGCCAGAAGAAAUGGAUGGAGAGAAUAAGAUGGAUGACACAAACAAGACUGGGGAUGACUUGCAGCCAGAAGAAAUGGAUGGAGACGAUAAGAUGAAUGACACAAACAAGACAGGGGAUGACAUCAAGCCAGAAGAAAUAGAGGGAGAGGAUAAGAUGGAUGGCACAAGUGAAAGGGAGGAAGUGACAGAAUCAGUACAUGGAGUGAGAGAGAUGUCAGAGAUGGAGCCUGGAGUGCACAAGGAGUCUAGAGUGAUGGAUGAGCAAAUAGAGGCUGGGAACAUAGACCAUGCUGAGAGGGAGACUGAGAAUCUGGUAGAGAUGAGAGAAACUCCUCACCUUGACCCGGUAGCAGCAUGUGAUUUAGUGUCUUAGAGAUUUUUAUUUGUUUUCAGGGCUUUCAAAGCUAUCACCUUAAUGUUAAGCUCAAUUUGCACAAUCUAUCCAUAACCACAAAGUUUCAUUGUUAAUACAAAUGUUAAUUGUAUAUUUAUGAAUAAAACCUAACCUGAUUCAUGUUUCCCUUGAUCAUCUGGUGCAUCUGUUUUUCAGCAUUGGCAAGGUCUGGGACUUGAAACAAUGACUGCCUUUGCAGUGACAUCAUGCUUUACCAUGUUCAGAAUCUACGUGACUAUGCAGCAUGUUCAUUAUAAGUUAUUUGGUUUAGAUACAUCAGUUUGUGAUUAGGUUUCUCAGCCUUUAUUGUUUACAGUAGUUACUGUAAGACUGCAAUAGCUCUUUUGCAGCAGACAGUAGGAAAAGUACAGGUGUAAUUAAUAGAAAUAAGAUGGCUGUGUUCUAUUUAAGUGUCUGAAGUUGUGACAGAAUCCAUGCACAAUACCAGGACCAUGAAUCAGCCAUAAUUAAUGUCAUUGUUUACACUUGGCUUGUCCUACUGUAAUUGACUGUAAAUAAUUUCCUCUUACAUGUUAUCAUGUUUUAUGAUUCAUUGUUAUAAUUUCACUGUUGUGUUGAAUGUGUGUACUUUGUUAAAUUUCCCUUUUGGGAAACUAUUUUUUUAAUGCUAAACUUUUUUAUAAGUGUUGCCAAAUACAGAAAAUAAACUAUUUACAUGUUAACAAAA